AUGACUGAUGGUGCCGUCGGAAACACUAGUAUUGGCGCUAACGCUAAGCUCAAUCGACUCUUCCAGUUCUGCGAAGGAGAAGCUUUGGCAGUCAUCCGUUGUUGCGCCAUGAUGCAGCCGGAUGAAGGUUACGCCAAGGCCAAAGAACUGCUUCGAGAGCGUUUCGGAAAUGGUUAUAGAAUUUCCGAGACCUGGCAUCGACAAGCUUUGGAAGUUUACCAGCAAGGACACUCGGGAAGCGGUGAUACCGUUAAAUCCCCCGACGUGUACCGCAUGGCAGUACACCUGUUUGGAGGCGUGUGGAGCCCCAGUUUUGCCAACGUUGCCCUCAGACGGACGGCAGAAGAUAAUGUGGACGACUUCAAUGCCGAUGUUCUGGCUACAGUGAAGGAGAACUUCUACGUGGACGACUGCCUGAAGUCCCUAGAUUCCGAGGGUGAAGCAGUUGAGACGGUGAAGCAGUUGACUGACAUACUGGCGAAGGGAGGUUUCCGCCUGACAAAGUGGAUUAGCAAUAGCAGAAGAGUAAAUGAAUCCGUGCCGCCGGAAGAGAGAGCAAAGGGUGUCAAGAACCUUGAUCUUAGUCAAGAAGAGCUACCUGUUGAGAGAGCGUUGGAAGUCCAUUGGGAUACUGAGCACGACUUACUCAGAAUGAAGAUCAAGUCAAAACAUGGUAGUCAGACAAGAAGAGGCUUACUGAGCGUCAUCUGUUCAGUGUAUGACCCAUUGGGGUUUGUUUUCCCGUACAUCCUUCGGGCGAAACUCCUCUUUCAGGACGAGUUCCAAAUCGUUGGCAAGAGCUGGGAUGAUCCUUUAGAGGCCGAAACUCAGGAUCACUGGGCGAAGUGGUUAGAUAAGCUUUCUCUUUUAAAAGAGUUUGCUGUUGAAAGAUGCCUCGUGCCAAGCAACUUCGGAGAGAUAAGUGAAUGCCGUUUGCAUCACUUUUCAGAUGCCUCUCAAGAUGCGUGUGGGAGUGUAUCUUAUGCUCGUUUUGUCAAUUCUGCGGGAGAAAUCCACUGUAGUUUUCUGAUAGGAAAAUCACGCCCGGCACCUUUGAAGACGAUGACGAUACCCAGACUGGAGCUUUCUGCAGCAGUAGUAGCUGUAAAGAUGGAGCAGAUGCUACGAAGGGAGCUGAAACUGAACGUCUGCGGGUCCACGUUCUGGACUGACAGCAUGCUUGUGCUGCAGUACAUCAAGAACACAUCAAAGCGCUUACACACGUUUGCAGCCAACAGGGUGGCUGUCAUACAUGAUGGUUCAUCUGUUGACCAGUGGCGAUAUGUAAAUACGGAUCGAAAUCCUGCUGAUGACGCAUCGAGAGGUCUGGACGCGCACAACAUGAUCUCCAAAGACAGGUGGAGAAAGGGACCAGAAUUCCUCUGGCAGGAUGAGAAGAGUUGGCCAGCAACUCCUCAAACUCCAAAUCUUCUCGAGACGGAUCGGGAAGUGAAGAAAGUAGCAGUGACACGAGCUACGGGAGGCGCAGUGACAGCUGAUCCUGUGGCAAGACUUAUCAGCAAGUAUUUCAGUUGGAACCAUCUAAAGAAGGCUGUGGCGUGGGUCCUGCGUUGCAAGAAGUGGUUGAUUGAACGCAGAUCUCGAUCCAUAUGGAGUGGAAAUCGACUGACCGCAGCAGAGAUGGAUGAUGCAGAACUUGCUGUAAUAAGAUACGUGCAAAGAAUCAACUACGAGCAGGAGAUCCGAGACUUAGAGAAAGGGAGACGUUCAGUCCAAAGGCAAAUUUCCAUCUACAGUCUUGAGCCAAUUAUCGAUGACAACGGUGUUCUGAGACUAGGUGCUUCGCACAUGGGUGGUGUCUGGGAACUGCCAAUACGGACCGUACGGAAGGUGCUAGGAGCACUUCUGAAAGACCAAGUUCUAGACGACAAGCGCCUGAGUACCAUGUUUUCUGAGGCCGAAGCCAUAGUCAAUGAUCGGCCAAUCACCGCUGUCUCUGACGACCCGAAUGAUUUGGAGGCCCUCACGCCGAGUCAUCCGCUCAAAUUCAGACCUGGGCAUCCAAUGCCAUUGAGUGGUUUGACGGACGGAGACAAAUACCGGAAACGAUGGAGACAUGUUUAG